GGUGCUUUUAUGGUUGCUGUUAGCGUUUGUGGCAGCUCUACCGUCCCGAACGUCUCUCCAUCCUUGCUUCAAGCUGCCCUCCAUGCCAAAUGGUCCUCGUAUAAAGCCCAGCACGGUAAAGAGUAUGCCUCUCAUGUAGACAAUGUUAAGAAAGUUGUAUUUUUGGAAAAUACUCGUACCAUUGAGGAGCAUAAUUUACGAUUCCACCAGGGUCUCGAAAGCUUCCAAAUGGGACACAACGCACUGUCCGACUUUACCCUUGAGGAGAUCCAGGCUACUCGUAUGGGUCUGGCAAUGCCUUCUGACAUCGAGGAGCAUCAUGCCAACGCUUCGCUGCACGUGACAUCCGAGGAUUACCCGUAUCCCACAAGGCUUGACUGGAGGGAUCAAAACGCUGUUGGACCUGUCAAGAAUCAGCAACAUUGCGCAUCUUGUUACGCUUUCUCGUCGGGCGGCGCCCUUGAAACUGCUCACUGGCGUAGGUAUGGUAUCCUUCCCAAUGUUUCGGUUCAGCACAUAGUCGACUGUACCCGUCAGUACGGUAAUAGAGGGUGCCAAGGUGGCUGGAUGCACACUGCGUUCAAGUGGCUUCAAGAUCAUGGUGGAUAUCUCGCCAGCACAGAGUACCCAUAUGCUGCUCAUGUAGGCAAGUGCAGGGACGAAAGUACGCUUAAAAUCGGCAGAGUCGCACGAUAUGCCCGUAUACCUGCUGGUGACGAGAAGGCUCUUCUCGAUGCCGUCACAUUCAUCGGAACCAUCCCAGUUGCCUACAACGCGGUUACCAAGCAACACGCCUACUACCGACAGGGCAUCCUCGACGUGCCUGAUUGCGGAACCAGACCGACCCACGCUGUCCUCCUUGUUGGCUACGGUACCGAGCGUGGCGUGGACUACUGGAUCCUCAAGAACUCAUGGGGCACCUCGUGGGGCGAGAACGGCUACUUUCGUAUGCGUCGUGGUUCGAACAUGUGUGGCGUUGCCAACUGGGCUUCUUACCCGGUUAGCGGUUAAACUAAACAUUGUACUAAGAUAUUCUAUGUAAGUCUAAAAUACACUAUACGACAAGUUUUAAGUAGUAUCAUGGCGAGGAAAGAUAAUGGCUUUUUAGUUAUUCAAAUCAGAUAAAUUAUGUGGACAGCUCCUCUCAAGGAAAUACGAUGGCAAAAAAAUUAGCGCAGUUUUCCAAAACCUGAGAAACACUGCUUUAGCUGUUUCAUCGAAUUAAAGCCGUCUUAUGCGAUAAUGGGUAACGCAGAUUUUUAACGUAAAACCCAUCGAAGCAUGUAAUUGAUGGCUUGUUUGAAAAAACGGCGGGGGGGGGGGAGGGGGCUAGGCCCAA